CACUUGCAGCAGCAGCACCCGCAACAGCAGCAGCACUCGCAACUUCCCAGCCAACCCCAGCACCUGCAUUUCCUCUACCCGCAGCAUCUUCAAUCCCCCUACCCACAGCACCUGCAUUUCCUCUACCCGCAGCAUCUACUAUCCCUCUACCCGCAGCAUCUGCAUUUCCUCUACCCGCAGCACCUGCUAUCCCUCUACCCGCAGCAUCUACAACCCCAGCCGCAACCCCAGCCCCAGCCGCAACCCCAGCCCCAGCCGCAACCCGCCCCUCACCCCCGGGAGCAGUGGCAGGGCAGGUUCACAUACAUCCUGGUUGACGAGUUUCAGGACACCGACC